AAUGUUCACUUUUUUUGGAAUAAGACUCAAUUCUUUCUCCUUUCAAGAAUUUUACUCCUCUUUACCAGAUAGCCUAAAAGAGUUACUAAAGAGAGAACAACACACUCAAGAAGCACUAACAAUUUUAUUCAAUGAAAUAGAUGAAAAGAGAGAGAUUAGCCUUUCAGGCUACAUCAGAUUGAAAUCUGAAAUUACUUCAAGCUUGAUAAAUAAGGAUAAAAUAAUUCAAGCCGUAGAGGUCCAUCCCGAAAUUGAAGAUGUUCCGUUCGAAAAGCCAGUUUUUAUUAUAACUCUACCAAGGACUGGCAGCACUUUUCUACAUCUUCUUAUGAGUAAAGAUAAAAGGUGGAAAGCUCCUGCUCUAUGGGAAAUGAUUUCGUCUAUUCCUUUUCCUGAAGAACCGACAACAGAAACUAAUGAAAAAACAAUUUUAAACUUUGACAAAUCUUUAAAAUUCCGAAGAUACUUGGUAGGCUCUAAAGAAAUAAUGGCUGCCCAUGGUACAACAAUGAAGGAUCCAGAGGAAUUGGCAAAUCUUUUAAAAGCUGAAGGAAUAUUCGUUCUGAUUCCAAAAAUGCUAAACCUACCAAAAUAUUCCAAGUUUAUUGAGAAAAUCAAAUUCGAUGAUCAUAUAAAAAUUUACAAAAGUAUUAAAAGGUCUCUUCAGGCAAUAGCAUUUCAACAGAAUAUGAAAAAUAGAAGAUUUCUCUUAAUGCACCAUUUAAAUUCGAAUGUAAAUUUGAAAGCCCUAUUCACAGUCUUUAAAGAUGCUCAAUUUAUAACAAUUCACCGAAACGUAGAACAAGUCAUCUCAUCUAUAACAAAUUUGACAAUAUACGAUUCAAAAUUAUUUCAAAGUCCACUCUCGAGAAACGUUAAAUUUAUUAGCGACUUUUUAACAGAAAAAUACUUGAAAGAGGUAAGAAAAUAUGAUUUGAGGAGAUCUAUAGAAGAAAUAAAAAAUUGCUCAUUCCAAAGAGCUAUUGAUAUUAACUUUAAAGAUUUAGUACAAAAUCCAUUGGAAAUCUUGAGAGAAAUUUACAAACAAGUAAACAUGGAAUAUAACGAUGAAUGCGAUGAAAUAUUUACGAAAUAUCUUGCAGAUUCACAUAAAAAUAAGACAUCUUACAAGCAUAUUAAUGAUUUCUUACUAGAUGGCGAAAGAAUCCGUAGAGAAUGUCAGAGCUAUUCAAAGAAAUAUAAAAUUUAUUAA